UGACGUCGGGUCGGCAAGAUGGCGGCGCCCAGCGCGUGGCGGUGACGGUGAAGGUGACGGGCGCGUGCGGCGGCGGUUGAUCGGAUCCACAUCCAGCGGGAGUGAUGGCGCAGAAGAAGAAGCAGAAGAAGCAGCAGCAACAACGUCCGCUCAAGCCCAGGCCCAGGAAUGCGCGGCGACGCUCGCAGAGAAACCGGUUGGACGUGGAGGUCGAGAGCGAUGGCGGCGAGUUCGAUUUGGUCCCUUCCAUGGUGGACGAUGCGCCGGUGGUGAACAAGCACAACAUCAAAUCUUUACCAAGCUUUCCUUCAGCUGAUUGCCCAUCUGAUGUGGAACCUGACACCAGAGAGAUGGUUCGGGAACAGAAUAAAAAGAAGAAGAAGUCAGGAGGUUUCCAGUCUAUGGGUUUAAGCUUUCCAGUCUUCAAAGGCAUAAUGAAGAAAGGCUAUAAAGUACCAACUCCAAUUCAGAGAAAGGCAAUCCCAGUGAUACUGGAUGGCAAGGAUGUUGUUGCCAUGGCCAGGACGGGCAGCGGUAAAACUGCAGCUUUUCUCAUUCCUUUAUUUGAGCAGCUGAAAGUGCAUCAUUCCCAGACAGGUGCUAGAGCUUUAAUUAUUACCCCAACGAGAGAGCUCGCAUUACAAACCAUGAAGUUCACAAAAGAGCUUGGGAAGUUUGCUGGCUUCAAAACAGCUUUAAUCUUGGGCGGAGAUAAAAUGGAAGAUCAGUUUGCAGCACUUCAUGAAAAUCCUGAUAUAAUAAUUGGCACACCGGGUCGAUUAAUGCAUGUGGUUGUGGAAAUGAACCUCAAGCUGCAUAAAGUGGAAUAUGUGGUCUUUGAUGAAGCUGACAGAUUGUUUGAGAUGGGAUUUGCUGAGCACUUGCAAGAGAUUAUCCAAAGGUUACCAGAAUCCAGACAGACUUUGCUAUUCUCAGCCACAUUGCCCAAGCAAUUGGUGGAAUUUGCACGUGCUGGUUUGACAGAGCCAGUUCUCAUCCGAUUGGAUGUAGACACUAAACUGAAUGAUCAGUUACGGCUGGCAUUUUUUCACGUAAGAUCUGAUGACAAGUCAUCUGUUUUGCUCUACUUGUUAAGAAAUGUUAUCAAACCUCAAGAACAGACCGUUGUUUUUGUAGCUACCAAACAUCACGUGGAAUACAUAAAAGAGAUGAUUACCAGGCAGGGCAUUGAAUGUUCAUACAUCUACAGUGCUCUGGAUCAAACGGCAAGGAAAAUCAACAUUGGGAAGUUUGUCCACAGAAAAUGUAUGGUUAUGAUCGUAACAGAUGUUGCAGCUCGUGGUAUUGAUAUUCCCAUGUUGGAUAAUGUCAUCAAUUACAACUUCCCAUCCAAAGCUAAACUUUUCUUGCACAGAGUCGGUCGAGUUGCGAGAGCUGGUAGAAGUGGCACAUCUUAUUCAUUGGUAGCUUUGGAUGAAAUUCCAUAUGUUUAUGAUCUACAUUUGUUCCUUGGACGGCCCCUCAAAUUUGCGAGCCAGAAUGAGAAUCCCGAAGAUACAGAUGGACUAUAUGGCAGAGUCCCUCAAAGUAUUAUUGAUGAUGAAGAAUCAUUACUUAUAGCAGAUUAUAAAGCUUCACUAGAUCUUCAGAACCUGAAAAGAGUGUCAGAGAAUGCUUAUGCUCAGUAUCUGAAAUCAAGACCCACUCCUUCCCCUGAAUCAAUAAAGAGAGUUAGAGAAAUGAACUUUGUGACACUGGGCAUUCAUUCAUUAUUUGGUGUUAGCUUGGAAGAUACAGAACUUCAAAGACUCAAAGUUAUCAACAAUAUCAAAAAUUAUAAAGCAAAAUCUACCAUUUUCGAAGUAAACUCUACAAACAAGAGCCCUGCAAGUGAGACCAUGCGAAUGACACGAAAUAAGCAGCGAAACUCAAUCCACAAAUUUCAACAGUCAAGGCAAGAAAAGGAAGCAAGUGCGUCCAAGAAUGUGCCCAAACCAGAGGAAGCAGAUCCUUCUGCUAGGGAGGAUGCUGACGAUGACAACAUUGAGAUUGUGUUCUCUGAAGUUAUGGGGAGGAAGAGGAAAAAUAAGGAAUCCUCCGAUCCUGUAUCCCAAAAGAAGACAGGGUGUUGCAAGGAUGAUCAAUUCUACAUUCCUUAUCAACCAAAAGACUUCAAUUCUGAAAGAGGAUUAAGCUUAAGUGGGGAAGGUACCACCUUUGAGCAGCAGGCAUCUGGCGCGGUGUUAGACUUGAUGGGAGAUGAAGCAGAAAAUAUGCAAAAACAGAAACAAUUGCUAAAAUGGGACCGCAAAAAAAAGCGAUUCAUCAGGGACGCCGGCAAACAAAGUAAGAAGAUAAAGACAGAAAGUGGAAGAUACAUCAAUGCUUCAUACAAAAAGAACAUCUAUGAAGAAUGGAAGAAGAAAUACAAGGUCGAUGAAAGAUUAUCUGACGAUGAAGCUGAAAAUGUGCAAGGGAACCACAUGGGCAAGAAAAGAGGCCAUGGUGGAAGAGGAAACCUGCGAUCCUUCUCAAGAAAACCAAGUCAACAAGGAGUAAAAUCAGAACUUAAAACCAAAACUGAAAUUCUUAAAGAAAGGAAGAGAAUGGAAAGAAAUAAAUUCCUGCAACGUGGAGGAAUGAAAAAGCUCAAGCACAGGAACCGGCAUCGUGUGAGGGAAAUGCAGAGCAUGGCCUUCGGUAGAGGCAGAGGCAAAGGGAAAAUGAGGAAAAAAAUGUAAUCACAAUAUUUUUAAAAUAUCAUCUACCGAACUGAACUGAUAUUUUUGCCAUUUACAAUAAUGUGUUUCUGGCUAUUAUUAUCUGAAGCCCACUUUGCCUUUUUAUUUGUGCAGAUGUAUUAUAAAGAAUAAUUAAACAAGUAACAAUGUCUCAAGACUGUUUGAACAUACUAUUUUUUAUACAAUCUGCAGCAUAAAUACUGUUUGUAAUGAAACUUUUUUUAUAAAAUUGUUUUAUAAAGUGCUCUCCUCCCAUUGAAAUGUCUCAGAUAUUAUCCAAAGAUGGAAGUUAAUAAAGUUAGCUCAGCUGCUUCCAUUCUCAGCCUCUGACAGCUAACAAACCUUGGGGGCUGUGUUUUGCUGGCUGUAAAAGCAUGAUUGUUUUUUGAAUUUUUUAAAUGAACACCAGGUACUGCAGAUGCUGGAAUCUAAAGCAAAAAUAAUCUGCUGGGGAAACUGCCAUUAUCACCUUCCUUAUCUGGCUGCCUUCAUGUUCCUGCUCAUCACCUUCACCCUCUCCUGUGGCUCUUUCUGCCUUUAAUUUCUCUUCUGUUUGCCUCCAUCCAUCAACUACCUAUCUCUGCCUCUCAGCUCCAACACUUGCUGGAUCUCCCAGUUGCUAACCAUUAUAACUCCUCUUCCCAUUCUGAUCUUUCUGUCCUGGGCCUCCUCCAUUGCCAGAGUGAGGCCAGUUUGGUUGCCUCUUAGUCUGGUAGCCUUGAUGAUGGGUAAUAACAUUUCAGCAAGCACUGCAUCUCAUAAAUCAUAUCAACUGGCACCACUUUUGCUUUAUAGUGGAGACGCCAGAAGCUGGAAUCUUGAGCAAAUUACAAAUUAUGUUUCAGGUCAGGACCCUUCAGAUGUAUUUCUUUGCCGUAUUAUUUAUUUCAUGCAGCUAAAAUGAACUUGCAGAGUACAUGCCAAAUUGUGUUAGCUGAUCCUGUUUUGCUUAUUGUCAGUAAAGACUCUCCAUUUUUGUUUGUGAUCUUGAGGUGCCCAUUAUUUCAAUGGAAUAUAUGCCCAUUCUAAGGUGAGGCCUAUUCAUAAUCUUGAAUUUACUGAUACGUCAUUUGAUAAGUAAAAUGUGCUUUAUUC